AUGGUCGCCUUCAGCUAUCUCUUGCUUAUACCUCUUCUUCAAACGACCACAGCCGGGUCCACUACGGAUAACAACCUGAGUAUUCGCGACAGCACCGACAAUUUCAAGUACGGGCUGGAAGCCCGCUACUUCGAAUCUACUUCUGACCCCGGUGGAGGAGAUGAUCGGUUUCCCAAGACUCUCCCGUCCUUAAAGAAGCCUGAUAUAAGAAAGAGGGGCAAGAAAGCUGCUGCUCCCCCGAAGAAAGCUGCUGCUCCCGCGAAGAAGGCUGCUGCUACCCCGAAGAAGGCCGCUGCUCCCGCGAAGAAAGCUGCUGCUCCCGCGAAGAAGGCUACUGCUACCCCGAAGAAGGCCGCUGCUCCCGCGAAGAAGGCUGCUGCUACCCUGAAAAAGGCUGCUUCCCCGAAGAAGGCUGCUUCCCCGAAGAAGGCUGCUUCCCCGAAGAAAGCUGCUACCCUCAAGAAAACACUUCCCUCCAAGAACGCUGGUGCCCUCAAGAAAGGCCCGGGUACUAAGCAAUCCACCACUCUAAAGAAGGGAACUGCUGCAAAGAAGGCUACCCCAAAGAAGGUAACAAGUACCAAGAAGAGCGCUGCGCCCAAGAAAGCUGCUGCUCUAAAAAAUGGACCUGGCAUCAAUAAGGGCUCUGCCUCCAAGAAGGCUACUUCUAAGAAGAGUACCAGCAAUAAGAAGAGCGCCAUUCCCAAGAAGACAACCCUCAAGAUUUCUGCCACCAAGAAGGGAAAUACUCCUAAGAAGACUUCUCUAAACAAGGCUGCCAGCAAGAAGGGCGCUGGUACAAAGAAGACCGCUUCCAACAAGAAGGGUGCUGCCACAACGAAGGGCCUUGCUGCGAAGAAGGCUACUCCCAAGAAAGCUGCUCCCAAGAAGAGUACUGUUGCAAAGAAAGGAAAUACCGCCAAGAAAGCUACUCCCAAAAAGGCUGCCAACAAGAAGUCUACCCCCAAGAAAGCAGCUAACAGGAAAAAUGUUGCUGCAAAGAAAGGGAACACUGCUAAAAAGACUUCUUCAAAAAAGGCCGCCACUAAGAAGGCAGCCCCCAAGAAGUCUGCCACCAAAAAGGGCGCUGCCAACAGGAAGGGAGCUACUACCAAGAAAGCUACUUCGAAGAAGACCGCUCCCAAGAAGACCACUCCCAAGAAGACUGCUAUAAAGAAAGGCAGUGCUCCUAAGACAGGCGCUUCUAAGAAGUCUGCUUCUAAGAAGGCUACUAUGAGGAAGGGCACUUCUACCAAGAAAGCUACUUCAAAGAAGACCGCCCCCAAGAAGACUUCUAUAAAGAAAGGCAGUGCUCCUAAGAAAGGUGUUUCUAAGAAGGGUGCCCCUAAGAAGGCUGCUUCUAAGAAGGCUGCUAUCAGAAAGGGCGCCGCUAUCAAGAAGGCUUCUCCCAAGAAGGCUGCUUCUAAGAACAAUGCUGUUGCCAAAAAAGCUGCUACCAGGAAGGGUACUGCCACUAAGAAAGGCAGUGCUCCCAAGAAGUCUCUUACCCAGAAGAAGAAUACUGGUUCUAGAAAGGGUUCCCCGAAGCUGAAAAAUAGCAACAAAAAGACUGGUGGAGGCCCGAAAGCAAGCACCAAGAAGGCUCAUACUGAAACUGGUUCUAAGAAAUCCCACAAGACGGGUUCCUCCUCUAAAAGACUCGGCAGUGGUCUGAAGAAGGGUACUCAGAGCAAGAACAAGAGCCCUAGCAAGGGUAGCAUUAGCAAGACUCCCUCUAAGGGCGGUAAAAAGGCUAUUAAUGGCGACACGGGUAAAACUCCUGGCGACAAGUCCGGCAGCGCUAGCAAAAGCGGCAUGAUGGGCAGCGCAAAGAAUAAAGCUGGAAAGGAGUUGGAUCGUAAAGCCGACAGCAAGUUGAAGACUGGCCAGAGCGCCAAGAGUAUCAAUACCGCCAAAGCUGUCCCGAAUGCCAAGAGUGUAGGUGACACGAAGGGUAGCACCGGGGGCGCGUUGUUCUGCUCGCUCAAACCGCGUGUUAUGGGCGAAGAUCCCGAAUCUGUUGAUAAAGGUACAGAUGGCGAGUACAAGGUGAAAGAGGAUCAAUAUGUGAAUGGGGCGAGUCUUUGGGAUGGCGAUAAGGUGCACUUGGAUGAUAUGAGCGGGUGCACGGGUACUGUUCUUUGGGACGCAGAGAAUACGCCCUCAGUCCAACACAUCUUUGUUGGCAAGGAGAAGGACCAUGCGAAAGUCUUGCCUGAGAGCCUUGACGGAAUGCAAAUCAGACCUGAGCACGCCCACAUCGUGGCGGCCAACGACGAACGGUUCGAAACGGUCAAAAACGAGCUUGUGAGCAAGUACCCGCAUCUUGGCGACGCACCCGACACCCCGGCGAACCAGCAAAAGAUCCAGCGCGUCUCGUACACGCCGGAGGCAGCUGGCCAGGACGGUUCAUCCAGCACAAGGCACCGGUUCACGGUCACUGCUGGCGAUGCAGACAGAAAAGUAGAGGUUUCUACAUAUCAGGCAGACUUGAACGGAUGUUAG